ACUCUCACUUUCCUUGCUUAGCUUCCUGAGAAAGCAUAGGAAACUGCAGAUUCCAAAACAAAACCAAACGGAAUGGAACCCGGAAUAGCCACAGCGGAGAAGAACGGAGCAGGGGAAGUGGUGCUGGAGAUGUCCAAACUAGAAGAAGCUUUUGUGAGUAAUAAGGAAGGUGAAAAUCCCAAUGCUCUUUCUUCAGUGCCUAAAUCCUCUUUUUCAAUGAAUUUCAUAGUGGGAUCUUCUCCAAAGAAUCUUGAGUUAGCAGCACAGCAAGAGAAUCUCAGAUACAGAGGCCAAGUCCCUACUCUUGAAAGCUCUUCUUCUACUAAAGAGAUUGCUAGUCCAAAACCAGAGAAGCCUCCUCCAUCCCAAAAAAAGUCCCUUGCAAAGUCUUCCUUUUCAAAACCGAAAUCCAGACUGAAAGAGCCGAAUUCAAGGUCAUCAGGAAGUAGCAAAUACAGCACGGAGAACUCAAAAUCAGGGGAGGAGGAUGAAGAUGAUGAAGAGAACCCUGAGAUCGAGGCAAGUAAAAAAUCAGGUAAGUGGACAUUUUGGGUAAUAAUUGAGUGGAUUGUAUUUGUUUGCACCGUGGGGUGUCUAAUUGCAAGUUUAACCUUAAAAAAGUUGGAAAGCGUUGUAAUUUGGGGUUUGCAUUUAUGGAAAUGCUGUGUUCUGGUAUUGGUUAUUUUUUGUGGUAGACUCUAUACCAGAUGGAUGAUGAUUACUUUACUUUUCUUAAUUAGAAGGAAGUGGUUGCUCAAUGAGAAAGUUCUGUAUUUUGUUUAUGGAGUUAGGAUAAGUGUUCGGUUUUUUGCGUGGUUGUGUUUGGUACUGUUAGCUUGGAUUUUUCUAGUAGAUCGUGGAGUUCAAAGAACAGGGGAAACCAUGGUAGUUCUGCAUCACAUUAAAAGGGCUCUUGCUUCAUCUCUUGUUGGGGCAGCUAUUUGGCUGCUGAAAACACUUUUUGUGAAGGUAAUUGCGGCCAAUUUCCAAGGUAAAAGGUUCUUUGAUAGGAUUAAGGAGGCAAUCUUUCAUCAACAUGUUCUCGAGGUUCUCUCACUACCAGAGUCUGCCUCUAGAGCUAAGAGUACUAGUACAAGCAUUGCUUCUAUGACUCGACGUAAAUCAGAGAAGGUGAUUACAUGGCUAAAAAAUAUGAAGAAGGAGAAAGCCUCUGCUUGGACCAUGAAAGGGUUCAUUGAUGUCAUAAGCGGUUCAAAGUUGUCUUUUGCUGAGGAUGAGGAUAAUGAUCAUAAGCAGAAAGAUAAGAAAAUAACAAGUGAACUGAAAGUAAAGCAAGCUGCUAACAAGCUUUUUAAGAAAUUGGCGAAAAGUGAUCGCAAGUGCAUCCAAAAGAAGGACCUCUUGUCUUACUUUGAUGAGAAGGAACUUGAUGAGGAUGUACUUCCACUAUUUAAACGAUCACCAGAAACGGAAGAGAUCAAGAAAAAAGCAUUAAAAGACUGGAUGUUGGAGGUUUACCGUGAACGCAAAUCACUGGUAUGUUCCUUAAAGGAUUCCAAGACAGCGAUAGAAGAGCUCAACAGGCUUGCUUCUGGGGUGGUUCUUAUUGUGAUCAUCAUUGUCUGGUUACUCCUAAUGGGAUUUUUAACGACCAAAGUCCUCCUCUUCAUUUCAUCUCAGCUGCUGCUUGCAGCGUUCAUGUUUGGUAAAACUCUCAGGACUGUAUUUGAAGCCAUCAUAUUUGUAUUUGUGGUGCACCCUUUUGAUGUCAGUGACCGCUGCAUCAUCGAUGGAGCACAGAUGAUCGUUGAAGAGGUGAAUCUUUUAUCAACAGUGUUUUUGAAAUUUGACAAUGAGAAAGUAUACUACCCAAAUUCAGUUUUGGCUACAAAACCAAUUGGCAAUUUUUAUAGGAGUCCUGAGAUGGGUGAUUCUGUGGAGUUUGCUAUCGAUGUUUCCACUUCAGUUGAGCAAAUUAAAGCUCUGAAAGUGAAAAUUAAAGAGUACCUAGAGAACAAUCCUGCGACUUGGCAUUCUGAGCACAGCGUUGUUGUUAAGGACUUUGAUGAUGUGAACAAGAUAAAAAUGGUUCUUUUUGUUAAGCACACCAUAAACUUUCAGAACUAUGCAGACAAGAGCAAUCGGAGAUCUGAUCUAAUCUUAGAGUUGAAGACAAUGUUGGAGGAUCUUCAUAUUAAAUACCAUAUGCUGCCUUUACAAGCUCAUCUCAUUGGAUCACACUUCCCACCUACCACUCGUUGAGCUGCCCUGCUGAUCAGGUUGCUCAGUGACAUUGAUAUCUAAGGGAAGGCAAAAAUGUGUGAGAUAUGCCAUAUUGCCAUUGCUAGUCAAGAUAACUGGGAAAAAGCACAAUUCUGAUUUUUGUGGCUUUUGGUAAAUGCAUGUACCUAGAACUUAAUGGGCGCGCUUCAUUAAUUGGUCUAGCCUAUUGCAUUUCUGAAUUUUAACAAAACUGAAAAAUGUAGUAGCUGGUGAAAUUCCUGAAACUCUUAGCAUUGUCUCUUUUAUUAUUGGUAAAUGCAUGUACCUAGAACUUAAUGCGCGCUCUUCCUUAAUUGGUCUAGUCUAUUGCAUUUCUGAAUUUUAACAAAACUGAAAAGUGUAG